UGGUAGGUGACUGGACGUGUUCGCUGAUGUGGCCCCAACCCUGCCCCCCUCCCCACCCCACGAUGUUAGAAGAAACUCAACAGAGUAAACUGGCCGCAGCCAAGAAAGAGCUAAAAGAAUAUCAGCAGAGGAACAGCCCUGGUGUUCCGGCACGAGUAAAGAUGAAAAAGAAAAAACCUGGCAGUAGCCCUGAGACAACCACUUGUUUUGGUUGGCACUCACCUGGGGAUAGCUGGUACCAAGAACUGGAAGUAGCCCUACAGUCAAGCUACACAACAAUCAAUGAACUAAAUGAAAACAUAGAAUCAUUGAAACAGAAGAAGAAAAAACUGAAACAUCAGCUGGAAGAAGCAAAGAAAGCAAACAAGGAAAUACACGAAACACAAACGGAGCAGUUAGAGGCAAUCAACAUCCUCACGUUGGAAAAGGAAGACUUGAAGACCGCCCUUUACCAUACUAAACGUGCUGCCCAACACUUCGAAGAAGAGUCCAAGGAUCUGGCUGGCCGCCUGCAAUACUCCUUACAGCGUAUUCAAGAAUUGGAGCGGGCUCUCUGUGCUGUGUCUACACAGCAGCGGGAAGAGGACAGGUCCUCGAGCUGCAGUGAAGCGAUCCUCCAGCGGCGGUUAAAGCAGACCCUAAAGAAGGGGGCGCUGCUGAACGCCCACAUGACACAGAUGACAGAGUCUCUUAAACAAGUGGAAUUAGAGAGAAACGAGUAUUCUUAUCAUAUAAAAGCAGAGAGGGCCCGGUGGCAGGAGAGGAUGAGGAAAAUGUCGGUGGAGACUCUUACAUUGAAAGAGGAGAAGAAACGUGACAUACAGCGGAUAGAGGAGCUGGAGAGGAGCUUGUCCCAACUCUACAACCAGAUAGCUGAGCCCCAGUCCCCGGCACCCUGGGGCUCAGCAGGGACCUCUGAGUUGGAGCAGCUGCAAGAUGAGGCCAAACAGCUGAGGAAGGAAGUGGAGGUACUGGAGGGAAAGCUCCAAUCCCAGGUGGAAAACAACCAGGCCUUGAGUCUCCUGAGCAAGGAACAAAAGCAGAGGCUCCAGGAGCAGGAGCAGAGGCUCCGAGAGCAGGAGGAGCGGAUGCUGUGGGAGCGGGAGAGACUGUGUGAGACAAACCAGAAGCUUCAGGAGCAGCAGGAGAUGCUACAGGAGCAGGGUGACAGGCUGCGAAAGGAGGAGCAGAGGCUGCGAAAGCAGGAGCAGAGGCUGCGAAAGGAGGAGGAGGAGAGGCUACGAAAGGCGGAGGGGAGGCUGCGAAAGGCGGAGGGGAGGCUGCGAAAGGAGGAGGCGACGCUGCGAAAGCAGGAAGAGAGGCUCACGCACUCCCAGAACCACAGGCUCGACAAGCAGCUGGCCGAGCCACAGCGCGGCUUCGAGGAUCUGAACAACGAGAAGAGCGCACUGCAAUUGGAGCAGGAAGCAAACGAGUUGCAGGAGAAGCCAGGCGAGGAGCGCCUAGAAGCUGCCAGCCAGCGGAACCAGCAGCUGGAGACCCAGUUGAGCCUCAUGGCUCUCCCUGGAGAAGGAGAUAGAGAAGAUCUGGACGGUGGGGAGGAGGAGGCGCCUCGGCCCACGUCAAACAUCCCAGAGGACCUGGAGAGCCGGGAGGCCACGAGCAGCUUUAUGGACCUCCCGAAGGAGAAGGCGGAUGGGAAGGAGCAGGUGGAGAAACUAGAGCUUGGAGUCAUCCAGCCCUCUGGAGCGACAGAUGGCAUGAGAGAGUACAUCACCAUACAUGAGAGCCAGGGGGCAGUGCCAAACACGCACCAGGAGAUGGAGGAUGCCAUCAUUCUGGCCCAGAAUGAGGAGGAAAUGAAGGCGAAUCUACUGGAGCUGUAGGAGCUGAUGUUGCCACUUGUAGGCGACCACAACGAGGGGCAUGACAAAUUCCUCACCGCUGCCCAGAACCCUGUUAAUGAGCCCGCUCCAGGGGCCCCAGCCCCCCAGGAACUUGGGGCUGCCAACGGGCAGAAUUUUUAUGAGGUGAGCCUGGACAACAGCAUGGAGCCUGCACCAGGAGCGGCCAGGGAGUGUUCUCCCCAUGACAACCCCACUGCACAGAAGAUCACGCAGCUGCUUCCUGUAAUGCAGGACACCCAGGAGCACCCAGGCUUGCCCAGCAAACCCUGCAUGCCAUUCUUUUACCGAGCAGCCAAGAACAGGGAGGUAAACAUCAUCAUCAUCUAAGAGCUGGUCAAGAAAUUUAAAACAACAACAAAAAGUGAUGGGGUUAAUCUCCCACACAAUUCAUUUACUCCAUUUGAAUGUUAGAGCCACUCACGUUUAUUUGUGUUUCUAAUUUACAGUUUAAAUUUAUUUGUAAAAAGUUAAGGGAGAGUGGGUCUUUCCCUGAUGUUCACUCUGGCAUCGUUUAGCAUUUUUCUUUUUUGAGAAUUGUAGGUCAUUAGUACACAUAUCGAGUUUGCCCUUAGGUAGUGGGAGUUCAAACACACAAAGACCCACUAUCUGCACAAAACUAUUCUUGCUGGUUUGGAAUAGGCUGCCAUGCUUUUUUAAUGUUAGUGCAGCAUGUAUAUUCAUUACAGAAUUCAGAUAAAAUGUGCUUAUGUUCU